AUGCUGCUCCUCCCUGCUCCAACUCUUGCUUUGGCUUUCCCCUCCCACCUGGAGGCAUACUUUUGUGUAUACACACCUGCAUCAACAUUUUGUCUGCUUCAAAAACAGCCUGCAUAAGAACAGCAAAGGAACACUCAGGAGGGAUUAAUUCUUUGCCUCUUUUCAGCCAUGGCGGCAAAGAGCCCUCACUGGCAUAGCUACCUCCAAGUGAUCCUGUCCCGUGAAACUCAGAGAGUGGAGCAUUUUCAGAAGGCAGAGAACACUUUGUUGAUUGUAUUGGAAAGAGUCAAUGCAAUGGACCCCAGGUUUACAGUGGACUAUUCAAGAAACCUGGAAGCCUUAGAGUUUGCCCUCUGUGCUGCAGAGGAUGAAGUAACCAUGCAGGUUCCCUUGUGCAUUGAUGCUGAUGAUCUGAUUCUGGAGUGUUCAGGGGAACAGAGCGACUCUGAGAAGGUUAAUAAUGAGAACCACCAAAUGCCAGGGCGUUGCUGUUUCAAAGUACCCAAGGAUGGGUCUCAUCAAAACUGGACCAAAGAAGAUGUAUUCAGUGUGGCAGGCAGUACUGAAUCCAUUGGUCACAUUGUGCCAGGCAAGAUCCUUUGUCUUCUGAAAGAACUGAUCGUCGCUGCUGUUGUUUAUUGCAAGAGUCAAUCCCUCAUCAGGCCAGGUGAAUUUCCAAGAAAGAAAGAUACAAUUGUAGUGAAGGAACACAAAUAUCGUUCCAGUGCCUGGCAUAUUGGGGGUGGGGAGAACCCAGUCUCUUACAUCAGGUACUGUACUAAUCGCCCCAUCCUCAGACUUCUCCAGAUUGUGAGCAACCUGAAGGGAUAUCAUUUGGACAGUCUCUGUCUCCUUGACCAAGUUAACCAUGAGAACUGGAGAAAGGAAAGCAAGAAAGGAGGACUUACAUUUCAUCACUUGAAGAUGGUGUUGCUUUGGGCCACUCACUUUUUCUCUUCACCUGAAGACUGGAUAUAUCUGGAAGGGUCUGUGUAUCGUCUGCUGGUGAUCUUGCUUUGCUGUUUGGUGACAAAAAAUCUUCCCCAUUUCCUGUAUCCUGAACAAAAUCUGUUCGAAGAGGAUGGUUUGGACCUGAAUAAUUUGUAUCCUAAAGUGGAGAGCUUUGCUUGCACCCCAGAGCCCUUCCUGAAAUUCCAUUUUGCCAUGAGAGAAACCAACACACACCAACAUGUGGACAAUGGUCUCAAAGCCCUACUUCAUCUCCCAGCUGAGGAUAAGUCCUACUGGAACACUUCCUUCUUUGAUAUGCUGCUUGAUAAGUUUCAGGUGUACCAGAUUAAGGAUACGCAGCGGAUUUCUGCUAUGUCAAACAUCCUGUCAAAAACCAAGAAAAUAGGGAACAACCAGAGCUGA